AUGGUGAACAACGCCGGGAUCAUCGACGCGUUGGUGCGGGACAUCCGCGACGUGGACCUCGCCGAGUUCAAGCGCGUGGUCGACGUCAACCUCUUCGGUGUCUUCCUCGGCAUCAAGCACGCUGCCCGUGUGAUGAUCCCGCAGGCGGGGGGGUCCAUCAUCUCCCUCGCCAGCGUUGCAGGCGUCAUCGGGGGCACCGCUUCCCACUCGUACACGGUCUCGAAGCACGCUGUUGUCGGGAUGACCAGGAGUGCCGCGGCAGAGCUCGGCAAGCACGGCAUCCGGGUGAACUGUAUCUCACCCUACGGGGUGGUCACCGAGCUCGCGAUGGGUGUUAUUGAUCCGGCGGCGAGGGACGGCAUCGAAGAUGGGGAGAGGGUGUUCAACGACUUCAUGGGAAGUCGGGCGAACCUCAAGGGGGUCACGUUGACGGCAGGCGAGGUUGCGGCGGCGACGCUCUUCUUGGCCGGCGACGACUCGCGGUACGUCAGCGGUCUCAACCUACUCGUGGACGGGGGAUUCACAUGCGUGAACCAUUCUAUGGGGAUGUUCAGAUGA